AUGGUGGAGUUGGUACCUUUUGCGGUUCCCAUCGGGGGUGACAAAACCUUGCUGGUGUGGGAGCUGAGCUCUGGACCCACGGCCGAGGCCUUGCAAGUUCGUCUCGGCACCAGACAUAAGGCGGUUCAACAUAAUACGCUUGCCCUAAACAGCUCCAGAUGCCAAGAAUUGGCAAAUUACUACUUUGGUUUCAGUGGGUGGUCAAAAAGGAAAGAGGCGGUGUUGCCCUCCCACGAGUGCAGGAGUCCUGGAAUUGGCCUGGCUGAGGAACCUUUGGAUAAGUUGGAGGAAGGGUCAUUAUCAUCCCUUAUGAAAAGGAAGGUAACCCAGAAGCUUGCUAUUCGGAAGGCUAUGACUGAUGCAUUCCAGAAACCGCCGAUUGUGGUUUUGGAAAGUGGUAAAAUAGCUGUGGCAUAGAGACCCUGUGAAGACGUCACAGAUGCUAGAACCGAAGAGGAACUACAGGAUUUAAUUCAAGUAUGUGGAGAUAAAAACUCAAGGGUUACACAGCCAGUGUAGCCAUAAUUCAAAACAACCAGCAGGAUUUGGAAGACUCUGGCAUGUCUACUCAGCUCUGUCAUCCUUAGGAAAAUGCGAAACUCCAAAACUGCUUUUGAGGCAGGGUAUUUCUAGGACUUUUC